AUGCAGCAAUCACCAAUUAUCAUUGAUGCAAAUACAAUGGAACGAAAAAAUGAUUCUAAAAGAAUUUUUACUUUUAUUGGUUUCAACCAUCAUAAAAUAAUUCGUUUUUAUACACUCAAUUUUGGUCCUACAGAAUUAUCGAUAACAAGUUUUGAUCGUGGACCAUGGUUAGAGUAUAAUGAAAAAACAUUUGCUUUGUAUAAAAUCCGAUUCAUAUUUAAAUAUGGCAUAAAAGGUGGCUUACAUCGUUUAAUCAAUUUUGGCGCAAUGGAAAAACCUGUUGGAGAGAUAUUAAUGGAAUUUGAACAAUGCCAUAAAAAUCCUAAGGAAAAGAAAUAUUUUUUCGUUUCAACCAUUUUGAUUCUUGCUAAUCAAACAAAAUUGAAAAUGGAUAUCGAUAUGAGUGGCAAAGAAAUAAUUAAUUUUAAUUAUAUGUUUGAUGGUAUUCCAAUACCAAAAUAUCCAAUUGAUAAAAAAUUAUCGUCCAAAAGGAUUCAACUUUUGUUGGAUUUAAAACAUUUCAUACCAAAAUCAUUUACUGGCGCAAUGUCAUAUGUUGGCUCAUUCUUUGAGGGAGAUUGUCGAGAAGGAGUAACAUAUCUGAUUUUUGAUACUCCAAUCGCCAUAGAACCUGGAUUACAUUUGACAAACUUUUACUCUAAAAAUAUUAAUUUAACACGAUCAAUACAAGAUGAACGACAAGCACAGUAUUAUAUGUCACCAAAUAUUGAAUUUGUUGAACGUGACCAUGAAAGUAAAAAACUUUGUGAAAGUGUUACAACUCAGAUCAGUGAUAAAGUUUCUGCAAAUGCAUAUUCAGGUAUAGCAAAAAAAUAA